AUGGUAAAACACCUGAAUCCCUCGAAGUUGCGCAAAAGCUCAAAACGUAAUGUUCAAGUGCAAACCUUUCGUGGAGCCAAUGUUGCCGACAUGAGUUAUUUCGUAAAACCGGCAAUAUCGAAAUCUCCUGACUACUUAGUGUUACACGUCGGAACUAACGAUUUAAAGCGGCAAACACCUCAGCAAAUAUCCACGUCAAUUUCCAUGCUGUGCCAAGAAAUAAAGAAGGAGUCGCCGAAAUUGAAGAUCGUGAUAUCGGAAGUUAUAAUAAGAUCUGACGAUCCAAGCCUGGGUACUAAAGUCAAAGAGUUAAAUCACAAACUGUUACAG